GUAAAAAAAGAAAAAAACCUUUACCUCACCUUCUAAAAAAAAAACCAUUUCUUUCUAAGCAUUUUUUUACUACCCAAUGGCGGGUUUAAUCGAUCUGAACACUACAGAAGAAAAUGAAACGGCGUCAUCUGGUUCUUUAUCUCCAUCUUCGUCCUCAGCUUCCGUGUUAAGUGCUUCUGGCGCUCCUGGUUCUGGUUCAAGUUCAAGUUCUUCAGUUUGUUUAGAGCUUUGGCAUGCGUGUGCUGGUCCACUUAUAUCUUUGCCAAAGAGAGGAAGUGUAGUUGUGUACUUCCCUCAGGGCCACUUAGAACAACUUUCCGAUUUUUCCGGCGUAGCUGCAGCUUAUGAUCUCCCUCCCCACGUGUUUUGUCGGGUUGUUGAUAUCAAGCUCCAUGCAGAGGCUGGAACAGAUGAGGUUUACGCGCAAGUUUCGCUGGUUCCUGAAAGUGAGCAAAUUGGGCAGAAGUCGCCGAAAGAGAAGAUAGAGGCAGAUGGUGAAGAGGAGGAUGUUGAAGCAGAUAUCAAGUCAACCAUUCCCCACAUGUUCUGCAAGACCCUUACGGCUUCUGAUACCAGUACUCAUGGAGGCUUCUCUGUUCCUCGUCGAGCUGCUGAAGACUGCUUCCCUCCCUUGGAUUAUAAUCGGCAGAGGCCCUCACAGGAGCUUGUUGCAAAAGACCUGCAUGGCUUGGAAUGGAAGUUUCGGCACAUCUACAGGGGGCAACCACGGAGGCAUUUGCUCACUACUGGAUGGAGUGCUUUUGUAAAUAAGAAGAAGCUUGUCUCUGGAGAUGCUGUGCUUUUUCUUAGGGGUGAGGAUGGGGAACUGAGGCUGGGAAUCCGAAGAGCUGCUCAAAUUAAAAGCAGAAUUUCUUUUCCAUCUUUGUACAGCCUGCAGUUGAACUGCAGCACUUUUGCAGAUGUGAUCCAUGCUAUAUCUAUGAAAAGCGUUUUCAGCAUUUGCUACAAUCCAAGGGCCAGUUCAUCUGAGUUCAUAAUACCAGUGCAUAAAUUCUGGAAGAGUCUCAAUCAUUCUUUUUCUGUUGGAAUGAGGUUCAAAAUGCGCUUUGAAACUGAAGAUGCAGCAGAACGAAGAUACACAGGACUAGUAACUGGAAUCAGUGAUAUGGAUCCUGUUAGAUGGCCUGGUUCAAAAUGGAGAUGCCUGCUGGUAAGUUGGGAUGAUAUUGAUGCCAACAGGCAUAGCAGGGUUUCUCCGUGGGAAAUUGAACCAUCUGGUUUAAUUUCUAGUACUAACAGCUUGCUCUCACCUGGUUCAAAAAGGAACAGGGUUGGAUUGCCUUCAGGAAAACCAGAAUUUAUGAUUUCUGAUGGAAUUGGAGCAUCUGACUUUGGGGAAUCUUUGCGGUUCCAGAAGGUCUUGCAAGGUCAAGAAAUUAUGGGUUUAAACACACUUUAUGAUGGUGCUAAUUGUCAGAAUAUGCAUCGGUCUGAAACAAGGCAGUGCUUUCCUGGUUCUAAUGUUUCUGGUAUUGCUGCAAUAGGAAAUGUUAGUAGAAACACAUUGAUGAAUCCUGAUAUUUUCUAUGAAGGUGUAGGCUUUGGGAAAUCUUUCCGAUUCCAUAAGGUCUUGCAAGGUCAAGAAAUUUUUGUAAGCCCUCCAUAUAGAAGAGGUCCAACUGCAGCUGUGACUAACAACAGUCGUGAUUUCCCUGAUACUGGUCAGUUGUCAGGAACUAGCAAUAGAUGGUCUUCCUUGAUGCAGGGCUAUAAUACUAAUAGUCAUAUACGACCAUCUGUACAAGUGUCCUCACCAUCUUCAGUGUUAACGUUCCAACAAACAAGCAAUUCAAUUCCAAACUUCAAUCGUAUUUAUAACUUCAAUAGCCAGGAAAAGGAGCAUCCUGAAACUUAUGGGGGAAAGUUAUUGCCAUCUUCAACUAGUGAACAUGGUUCCUGUGUGAGGGAUCAAGGAAGCUUGAAUUCAUUUGGUCAAUCAAAUGAUUCUGUUCAACUUGGUGCUUCGCAACCUCUGGCAGCUCAACCAACAUUUAGGACUAGUCAAAAUCUAGCUUCCGCGUGUAAAAGUAGCUGCAGACUUUUUGGUUUCUCCUUGACCGAGGGAAGGCAUGAUGCUACUACGGAGAAAAACAUGGUGCAACCAACCUCUUCAUUAAGUUCUGGAGCCUUUUUACCUAGUAUUGGAGAACAGCUUCACCCAAAGCCUCCAGCAGUGACAAACUCGGUUGGAAGCAAUUGUACCAAAAUAAGCAACCUCUAUGCUGUUAGAGACAUUCCUUUUGAUAUUGCAUUGUAG